AUGCAGAACCUGCAGAUUGUAUUCCUGGUGCUACUGGGCGCUGUAACGACGCUGGCAUUCUUCACGGAGGAGCAACACGAGAUUGCCAAAUCGUUGGCCGACGCCUGUCACGCGGAACUGGGUGGUGAACUGCCGGAGGACUUUGCCACCAAGAUGCGCCUGGGUGAUCCAACGCUGGACAGCGAAACGUCAAAGUGUACCAUCCAGUGUAUAUUCGCUAAGGUGGGUUUCACGGACGAGAACGGUGUGGCCAACCGGGGCUUGUUGAUCGCCAAACUGUCGAAGGGUAAUCCCGUCGAGAAGGCGACAACGUUUGCCGAUGUGUGCGAAAAGAACGACGGUGACAGUAAGUGUGAUAAGGCGUUCAGCUUGUACCAGUGCUACAACAGGAACAAAUCUAUCUUUGCCUGA